AUGGCGAUAACAAGGAGAACGAAUACGGCAGAUCAUCAGCCCGAGGAGGAACAUGUCGAGGUCAUGGACGAGACCGAUCUAUCUGAGACCAUCCGUCUAUUGAAACAGGAGAUGGCCGCGCUGAGACAACAACGGGAGAAGGAUGCAAAGGAGCUCUCGGCCUUAAGAGCCGAGAAUGAGGCAUUGAAAAGCCAAGAUCCGUCGUGGAAGCCUACUCGGGCAACCAACAUGCAAACUCAGGGGUCCUAUCAAUCCCACGAAGUUCACACCUCGGCCCCACACGCCUCGGUAGCACUCGAAAAGCUACCUUCGGCCCAACCAACGGUAACGCUGAGCACAACUGACGAUGCUGCAUUGUGUCAGAUUUUUCCUACAUCACUCAAGGGCAGGGCCUUGAGUUGGUUUACGCGGCUCCCUCCCAACUCCAUCGAUUCCUUCAACACUUUGUCAUCCCAGUUCACAAUUCAAUUUGCAACGAGUCGUCCUCACAGUCUGACGUCCCUGUCUCUUGUUGGCCUCCGGCAAGACAAGAAGGAGUCUCUUCGAACCUUUAUGGAUCGGUUCAACAAGGCAACCCUGGAGAUCCGGGACCUCAAUCCAGCUGUGGCACUCCAUCACCUCACAACAGCGUUGAAGCCUGGACCAUUUGUUAACAGCAUUUGCAAGAAGCCCCCUUCGGACAUGACCCGAGCCGAACAACCGGGUAAACCCGAAAAGCCAGUAGAACAAAUACACAGAGCGCGAGGCAAAGAGAUAACGCUUCGGGACCGACCCGUGCGAGGUCCCAAAUAUUCCCAUUAUACUCCCCUUAAUGCAAGCCGGGCUGUAGUGCUGGAACAAGCUUUGGCGUCAGAAGUGUUGGCGGUCCUGAAGAGAGCUUCCACUCCGCCACGUGCUGAUACCAGCAAGGUUUGUAGGUAUCACCGCAACCGCGGACACUCCACCGAAGAAUGUGCUGCUUUAAGGGAUAAAAUUGAAGAUUUGAUUAAACAAGGCAAGAGGCUCAACUUUGCAUAG